AUGCCUUCAGGGACCAACGGAGGGUCAAACUAAUCCACACAUUCAGAGCGCUCCAUCCCCUCGUUCACCAGAAGACCUCUUUACAAGUCACCAACAGGACCAGAACAUCAACUGGAUACUUUUUUUUUUACGCCAGGUUUUCUUGUAAAACUUUCCAUCUUGGAGUUGGUGUUUUUUUGUGCUAAACCUGUUUAUGCUCUCCUUCUUCUGGAGGAAUUUCCAGGUGUGUUCAUGGCGUGAGCGGUCAGUCGGCCGUCCGGUCAUGGCGCUGUGGUGGUUGGCCAGGAUCACCUGCAGGCCGGCUGCAGCCUGGUUUCCGCUGCUCUUCUCAUCACUGCUCUGGCAAACGAUCGCCCCAGUCGACGGCGUCCCGUCCUGCCCACGGAGCUGCAGCUGUCCGGCCGUUAAAGAGGUCCACUGUACGUUCAGACACCUCAGCUCCAUACCGAAAACCUUUCCUAAAGACACAGAGAGGCUCAACCUGGGUUAUAACAGCCUGACGGAGGUGGAGGGGUCAGAAUUCAGGUCGUUACGGCAACUGGAAAUGCUCAUGUUGCAUGGCAACGACAUUAGCACGGUCCAACCUGGAUCGUUUUACAGCCUGAGAUCACUACAGAUUCUGAAGCUGAGUUACAACAAGUUAACAUCAGUGAGUCCUGGCGUCUUUGAGGGGCUCGUUGGUUUGGUCCGUCUCCAUCUGGACCACAACCUCAUAGACUUUAUAGAGCCGUACUCCUUUUCCGGCCUGACCUCCCUAAAACUCCUGCAGCUGGAGGGGAACCUUCUCAAAGAGAUCCACCCUCAUACCUUCAUCACAGUGUCGGUGCUUGGAAGCUUUUGGACCUCUGGGCUCAAACACCUGCAUUUAUCAGACAAUCUGCUGGAGCAGCUCCCUGCUGCAGCACUGAAGACAGCUCCCAGGCUCGAGCUCCUCUCUCUGCAUGGAAACCCCUGGACAUGUGACUGUCAGCUCCACUGGUUGGUGGAGUGGAGCUCCACACAUGACGGAGUAAUAAAGUGUAAGAAGGAACGUGGCUCCAGUGAGACUUGCCCCGAGUGCUCCUCUCCUCAACAUUUAAAUGGUUCCCAAGUGCUCAGUUUGACCAGAGACAAACUUAUCUGCGAACGACCAGCUCUUCGCUCGCCCCUCAAACAGUGGGACAAUCCAGUGUGGGCUGAAUCGGAAGCAGAGCCUGACCUCCCGUACACCCGGGACUUUCAAAAACCUUUAGGCCACCUGACUGUCGUUCUCUCGGACAGCCACGGAAAUAAUGCUCACGUUGCAUGUGAUGUGCGCCAUCCUGAAGACAGCUCGCCGAUGACGUGGACAGUAAAUCCACGUUCUCCUGGGGAGUUAUCCGUCAAUGUAUCACUGGUAACCAACCUUGAGUGCGAGAUUGAUCGGGAGAAGUUGCAAAAUCUGUGGCAGUUGGUCGCGUAUUACUAUGCGAGCCCUGCAAUUUUAGAGAGAGGUCAACAGAGAGGAAAUGACACCAGAGUAACCUAUCAGUAUGUCCAAGCUGUAAAUGAAAACUCCCCAUAUUUCACAGAAUUAAAAGGGUAUUUGGUAGCACAACCUUCAUGGCUGCUUCAACCCAGAGUCACUUUAAGGCUCAACAGGCAGCAGACAACAACGAAGAAACUGGUGAUGGAUUUCACGACUGUGAUCACAAAGGAAAUCAACAGCCACAGGGGGCAGGAGGAUGACAACGACUUCGCUUCAUCCUGGGCACUAAUUCGCAGAGGGCAACCGGGGCGAAUUCAGAGUGCUCUGGAGGGUUCAAAGGUUCAUUUGGAGUGUAGAGUUAUAACUUCUGAUGCAGGGCUAAAAGUGGAGUGGAUCCUUCCUGAUCUGUCCAUUGUAGAGGAAGCGACCAGUAAAAUAGAAAUUUCUGAAACAGGGCAGCUUGUGAUUUUAAAUGCCACAUUGUCUGACUCAGGACUCUACCACUGUAUCGUCAAAACUAAAGCUGGUGUGGACUUGAUGCCUUUGAGACUCACCGUCAAAGAACGCUCACUCAGUCCCACAGCUUUCAACGGUCAGAAAAUUACUGUUAAAAAGGGCGGCUCUUUCUCUCUUCCUUGUGAGGUGAGCUCAGUUCAGCCCAGUCAAACUAUGUGGUACCUACCCAAAAACCAGGUUCUUCUCCCCACACAACAGACGAGACGAGCAGAAGUAAUGGAAAAUGGGACUUUGGUGGUAAAGAAGCUGACACUAGACGAUGUAGGGGAAUACAGCUGCUUGACCUCCAACUUGUACGGCGUUGACAUGCUGUCUCACAUGGUGGAAGUUACAGGAGAAAAGCCUUCUGAUAGAGCCAAUGCAGAGACUGACAGACAGCAGCCAGCCUUACCAGUUGGUGUGGAGGAAGGAGAAGGUUCAGGGGGAGAUUAUCAGGAAAUUAUACGUCCUUUUGCUACGCAGCUUCCUGAGAAGAUAAGAACACAGCAAAGGAAUCCGAAUGGGUUUUCAAAAAGGAUACGAAUCAAAGACUCAAAAAGAAAACCCAAUAAAUCCGUCAAGGAAUUAGAUCCCAAUCGUUGGGCAGAGAUUUUGGCUAAAGCUAAUGCAAAACCAAGUGUUGCUCUGCCCACAGAACAGUCGCUCGAAGAGCCCAGCACCGUCACUGUCCAAACAAGUACAUCCAAACCAACAACUACAAUUGCCACUACAAUUGCUACUACUGCUAACAACUUACAUCUAAAUCCCAGAAUUACACCACCAUCCCUGGAGCAUGACAGCGGGAUCAUAGAAAAAGCUGAAACUAUCACAGAGUCUCCUCAGACAGUUGAACAGUCAGAAAAUAAGGAUACGGGAGAAGGAAGAAGAAACUUUGUACCUGGUCACCCAAACAGGAGAAGGCCACCCUAUAGACGUAGAAAACCCCCAAUGAGACGAAUCCAUCCACAUCUAAACCCCUUCUCCCGUCAAUCAAACAAGCCCCAAACAACUGUUCCCCCAACAACAACAACCACACCACCACCAACAACAACAACCACACCACCAACAACAACCACAACUACAACUACCACUACUACUACUACAACUACUACUACUACUACACCUGUACCAACUACAGCGGAGAAUCCUGAAACCUUAUCUGCUGAGUAUCAGACAGAGGAAGAUGAAGGCGAUUACUAUGAAGAAUAUAAUGACAAGAAUGGUGAGAGUUUGGAUGAGAAUGAAGAUCUAACCAGCGAAACCCUACAUAACACUCAUGAUCGUGACAGUAGCACUAACCAAUUUCCAUCCGUUAAAGAUCACACAGUAGAUAUCUCUGCAGGUAGACAUAAUUUACCAAAUCCAAACACGAUUGUCACCCCAAAACUAGAAAAUCCAACUUCACAGACUCUUGAAGAAAAGAAUAAAGACACCGUAAACCCACAGAAACCUGAGACGAAGAGGGUAGAUGUGAAAAAAACUGAAGGAAAGGCCAGCAAUGAGAGAGAGGAUAUAACAGCAACAGAAGACAGUAAAAGAGACAAUGGUAAAUCAGAAACUGAGUCUGUUACACAGCGUUACAGUACACGAGAUAGCGUCCGGUUAACAACACAGAAUAGGCCAAGACCUAACACUAGACCGUCAUCAGAAAACAAUACACCGACACGUACAAUGACUUCAUCGUCCAAGGUCUUCACAUCAGAUUCAACAAGCGGCAGAACAAAAGAGGAAGUCCCACAUAGAGAAGACAGGGUGUUAAACAAGCCAACUGCAAAGCCUGACACCCACAGUUUCCCCAUAAUGGAGCCUCUUCACCCCUGGCUCCAUCAGACCAACCAGGGAGGAGGACAAACUACUACUUCCAAGAUAACAAACACAAACCAAGACAGAAACACAGGACGACAGGUUGAGGUGAACCCAGGCAGACAGAGUCCUCCCAGAGUCCCUCCAACCUCCCGCUGGUCUUCACACUAUAAUCCUCAUCAUUACUAUCCCAGCUACCCGUCAUGGCCAGGUCAGAAGACAUUUCCUCAUCCAAGGCAAGGUCCUGGAUCUCGUCCUGCAGCAACCCAUCGACCCUGGCCUCUUCCUCACCCAUGGGCUCACGGCUCAUUUGUCACCAACCGACCAGAGAUCACAGCUGAAACAGUCAAACCAACACCAACUGUUUCUAGAGCAGGAAACUCAAGAUUUACCCCGUCCAACAGCCAUCCGUCACAUCAUCAUCAUCAAAAUCAUCAUGUGGAUGGCCGGACGCAAACUAGGGAUCAACUCUUUCUGAUAAGGCUGAGGAACAGAUACAGACAGGCGCAGCUCGAUCGCAUCGCUCAACUCGGGAGGAUGGUGACACCCAAACCUCGCACAAGCUACUAUAACCCUCCACCACCCAUCACACCUAAACCCAACCCUCCGUCCAUACAUAGACCUUACACCUCCAAACCACCAGCACCCACUGCUUCUUACACUUACACCUUACGACCCCCAAACCCAGCUAAGCCUUCAUCAUCAUCAUUUUCUAGUUUCUUCCCGACCCUUCUUCCUCACCGUCCCACCACCCCUGGGGUUCAGUAUGGAGGUCGGUGGCCUGUUGGAGCAGGACGGAUCAGCUCCCGGCGUCCUACAGCUGCACCUCCAUUCCCAUGGCUGUUGGGAGCAGGAGGUGGUGGUGCAAAACCCCGAAUCACCACAGUUGCCACAGCGAGUGUGUCAGUGCUGGCAGAGAGUGAUGUGUUCCUGCCCUGCAAAGCAUUAGGGAAUCCUGAGUCCAACAUCGCAUGGACCAAAGUCUCCACAGGUGCCACCAUCCCAGCUAACACGAAGCAUGGUCCCCGCUUUGAAGUCUUCAAAAAUGGGACUUUUGUUAUCAAAAACAUCCAGCUUCAGGAUCGCGGACAAUACCUCUGCACGGCCCAGAACAGGUUCGGAUCAGAUCGAAUGGUCAUCACCUUAGCUGUCCAGACCGAGGCACCGAAGAUCCAACCACCCAAGUCCACAGAGUUAGCAGUGUACCUCGGGAAAAGUGUAACUCUUGACUGUCUUGCCUCUGGAAAACCACCAGCUCAGAUUUCAUGGAUUCUUCCAGACAGGAUGUUUGUUCGUGAAGCCGGCACUGUUUAUUCUCUCCUCUCUCCAAUGUCUCUGCUCCAAAAUGGAACCCUGCAAAUUCAUUCUGCCAAUUUUUCCAGCAAAGGGGACUAUAAAUGUAUUGCGAGCAAUGCAGCAGGUGCAGAUACAAUCACUUAUCAUCUCCACGUGGCAGCUCUGCCUCCAAGCAUAGGCGAAGGAGCAGCGGAUACUGUGAUCAUUCAACCAGGCAGGAGUGUGUACGUUCACUGCUCUGUGAAGGGUGAACCAGUGCCUGCUUUAAAGUGGAUGGUCCCAGCAGGCGUACAUGUGAAACCAUCACAAUUUCUGGGACGCAGGCUCUUUGUUUUCCCCAACGGGACACUGUUUGUGAAGAACGUUCUGCCCUCGGAUGGUGGCAGGUAUGAGUGUUUGGCCACAAACGCAGUGGGAAUUGCCAAAAGAACAAUCCAGCUGGAGGUGAGAGCAGAGCCAUCCUUCUUCUCCCAUCAGCCUCCUCCACCUCCUCUUCCCAUCCCUCCAACCCACCGCCACGCUACUCCAUCACGUCAGCACACUGUCUCAGCUAUGUACGGUUCUGCUGUCUACCUUCACUGCCCAGAGUCUACCGGAUCCAAAAGAGGAACUACCUGGCAACUACCCUCCAAAACCGUCCUGGAGCAUCGAUACAGCCCGGAGAGACCAAUUAAAGUUUUCCGUAAUGGGACUCUGAGGAUUCUUCAGCUAACAGAGCUGGAUGGUGGAAAUUAUCUCUGUGUCUUUCAGCGACCCAAUGGAGAGGACAUGGAGCUCUUCCAGGUGGAGGUGUUGAUGACUCCUCCCAGAAUCGAACAUGUGAGAACUGCACAAACCAGGGUCACCUUUGGAGAAAAUUUCCAGGUGGACUGUGUUGCAACCGGCCUUCCUGAUCCAGAAGUUUCCUGGAGUCUCCCAGAUGGAACUUUAAUCAACAACGCCCUUCAAUCAGAUGACAGCGGCCUUCGCAACCGCCGCUAUGUCAUCUUUGGCAAUGGAACUUUACUGCUCCAGCAGAUGGGCAAAAAGGAUGAGGGUGACUACACUUGUUACGCCAAGAACAAACUGGGCAAAGAUGAAAGAAAAGUGAGCGUCAUAGUGGGACCAAACGCUCCAAAAAUUAGAUUAAAAACACAGUCGCUGGUGACUGUAAAACUGGGAGAAUCAGCUAAACUGAGCUGUCAGGCAACAGGUGAACCUGCACCAAGGAUCAUGUGGAUCUCACCAAGAAAAGAUGUGAUAGCAGUGUCAUCGGACAAAUUCCAGAUUAUGGAUGGAGGAAUGUUAGUUGUGAAGAAAGUGACCUUGGCUGAUGAAGGGAAAUAUGCCUGCGUGGCACGAAAUUCUGCUGGUGAUGAUAUCAAAAACAUGAAAGUUGAAGCUGAACCCCAGGAACCCUUCAUUAAUGGUAUGAAAGGGAAGAGCACUACAAAGGCUUUGGGUGUUUCCUACCAAACAGCACUUCUGGAUUGCAGAGUGGAAGGCAAACCCGAACCAAGAGUCUGGUGGGUUACCCCUUAUGGCCACUCGCUGACAACACCCUACCUCGGAGGUCGCUUCCAAGUCCACCGGAAUGGGAGCUUGGAGCUGAGGGGGGUGAGGAAAACAGAUGAAGGGAGGUACACGUGUCUUGCUAAGAACCAUCUGGGUGAAGCCUCUCUUUUGGUUGAAUUAGAGGUGGCAUCACUAGCCGAGAAACCCAGCUUUGCCGUUCCCAACAUUGAAAUCUUACCAAUAAAGCAAGACGGUGGGGAACUGACCCUUGAGUGCCUUGCUCGGGGUAAACCAAACCCAGAGUUUUCAUGGGUGCUGCCCAAUGGGACGAUGUUAGCGCCUGGUGUUAGACUCCAACGCUUUAUUCAUCAUCGAAGUAAUGGAACUCUACAGAUCUCACAACCAGUUGCAACUGAUAAGGGAGUGUAUCGGUGCCUUGCCAAAAAUGUGGCAGGACAAGCGGAGAAACGUUAUGCCCUGGAGGCAGGCAGAAAGCCAAUGAUCAGAGGCUCUACAGGUGGGAUGAAGAUCACUUACGGCCUCAAUCUCAACUUGCCCUGCACUGUGGACGGCUGGCCACAGGCAUCAAUCACAUGGACUCUACCCAAUGGAGUUGUUUUGGACAAACCUCAAACCGUUGGUCGUCUAUCUUUCCUCACCAAUGGGACCCUCCAGCUCAGGCAGGUCGCCACAUUUGACAAAGGAACAUACGUCUGUAAAGCCUCCAACUCGUUUGGUUUGUCGACACUAUCCUACCCAGUCGCAGUGAUGGUGUUCCCUCCGCGAAUCACCAGCACGCUGGCAUCCAUCACCAGAGUCGACCGGGGAUCCCCGGUGACGUUAAAGUGCGACGCAACUGGCAUUCCUAAGCCAGACAUUUCAUGGACGUUACCCGGACGAACCACACUGGUGCCCCAUAGCCGGUACACAGUGCAGGGGGGCAUUCAUAUGACGGAGGAGGGCAGUCUGAUCAUACAGAAUCCUGUGCUCAUGAACUCUGGUAUUUACAAAUGCAACGCCAAAAACGCCCUCGGAACAGAUUUCAAAUCAACAUAUCUACAAGUUGUUUGAGUGACAGACACAAAUAAUCUGGAGAAACUCACAGCAGACCUAAAACUGAACGAGGAUUUGUUUUUCAUCAGGAUUUGAACAUACUGUGUGACGAUGAGGCAGAUUUAAAGUUGCUCUCUCUGCCUGAUACCAUGCAUUGCAGUUUCAAAUGAGGCCAUCUCAGUGAACAUCCAUCAUUUGCAAUUUGUAACAGCAGGUUUGUGUUUUUUAUUGCAAAUGCAGCAGAACUCUACCCUCUGACAAGUGCCUUUUUACCUGUUAAGAGCUUUGCCUUCUUGGCCUGACCCCAUAGAUAUCAUCUGACACUGAUCUGUCAAUGGCAUUGUUUGAAAAAGUCUACUUCCCAGUACAAUUUUACUCCAACAGGAGGAGUCAGGAUGUCAGCGUACCCCUGAUCUCAUAUUCUUGUUCCCCUUCUGGCAGAAUUGUUGCCAACUGCAUAAAUAUUUAGUUGGUCUUUGGACGCCAGAAAAAAAAUUCUGCAGCAAAACAUCACAACUUCUCACUUCAUCAUUGGACACUAGUGAGGAGUGGACCAGAGGAUCUGUCAUAAACUAUUCUACUCGUGUGCUUAAGUGCCAUAUUUUAUGAACUUUCCUUGUUUCUAUGUUUGUAUAAUGAUACAAAUACCCCCUAUAGCUGCUGCACGUUGUGCACCAGCGAAUGAAUUACUGUAUGUAUCAGUAUCAUUUAUUCAUGCUCAUAACGGUGGGAAGGAAUAGCUCACGGCAGGCAGGUUGUGAGCUAUUAACAGUGCACAUAAAAGUAUGUGAGUAUAUAAUUUAUAAGUGAAUAAUAAAAUAUAAAGUUAUGUUUUUUUAUCAGUCA